CUCGAACCAAAAUUUGCCAGCCAUACCAAACACAAAACAAUCAACCAUCCAGAGUUCCGCCUGGUGGUCAUGAAAAAAUAUUCGCCAGGUUGUGGUUGACCUCUUGACGGGUUCGGCAAUGCACAUUCCAACCAUGCCUCCUAGGAUACCCAGCCAGUCAAUUGGCGCCGCCAUCGAGGCCGCAUCAUGUCAGAGCCUGAGAGCUCCGAGUCGGCCGUGGCACGCAACGCAGCAGGCCAAUUCUUUCUCCACAACGGCCUGCUGUGAGGUCACAAGGCACCAGCGCUCAAUGCGUUCGUGGAUGAAGCGGUUCGGGUCACAAUAUAAGACGAACCGUGGGAGACCCAACUAUCUAGGAGGAAAGGACCAACCCUUCCCCGAGAACGCAUCUUUCCGGAGCCAGUCGGUGCUGUCUGAGGAAUCAAGAGAGGAGAUAUGGCGGAGGGUCAUCGUGAACGGCGAAGCAAUCAAGACCGUCUCAGCUACGUUCGGCGUUGACAUGAGGCGGGUCGCCGCUGUCGUACGGCUCAAGGAGGUGGAGAAGUCGUGGAUAUCUCAGGGCAAGUCAUUGGCAUUGCCGUAUGCCCGGGCCGUCAUGGGUAUGCUUCCGCAGGCGAACGUCCAGGAAGGCUCAUCACAUGAGCCCAUCAACGAGAUCCACGUCCAUAGCUUGACCAUGCAACAGCUGUUCCUGCCAACCUCGGAAUCGCGCCACUUCACGCGAGAGGACGCCGCCAAGGCGUUUGGCGACAAGAUGCUACCCGCCGACAAGCGGGUGCCUCACCCGGAGCUAAUCCAGCUCGAGAAGGACAUCUUGGGAGGGAAGAAACAGGGAGAGGCUAGGAAGCUGUUUGUGCAGUCUGCCAUGGCGAGCGAGAGCGCUUUGGCGCAGCGGGAGCAGUGGAGGAGGGAGAAGGAAGAGAAGAGGAAGACGAAGGUGGACUCGGGGAGGUUCGAGUUCAGAUUCGAAGACAUCAACGUCGAUGAUGCGGGCAAGGAUGGAAGGUCGAGGAAGGGCACGGGCUGGAGAUACGGUGUGCCUUACUAUGAUCGGAGGAGAGGAGAGGUUAAGAUUCCCACCAAGGUCGAAUGAGCGACGUUGUACAUGUACGAUGAGGGCAUAUCACCCAUCUUGGGCCGCCGUUAUUUGAGGCUGGCCACAAACUUUUGUAACAUCAGGCACGCAUGUAUGAUGGUUUUCGGAACUGGAUACCCGAGGACAGAUACUUCGGCAGUAUCCCAGGGUGUAUAUAUUAUGUAUACUCUCACUGUCUUCUAUGUACAACCGAGACUUUGCCCAUUUCCUCCUCC